AUGGCCGGCAAAGGGCCCAUCGUCACUGUGCAAGACGACGUCUCCGACUACCAGGAGAAGCAGUCGGCUCAUUAUCCCAAUGGCAGCGUCGACCUGGCACGCCAAUCCUCGAGCCCGAUCAACAGACCACAAGCUCCAAGACAGCUGUCUGACAGCGAUAACGAGGACUACGGACUGACACAACUCGGCCUCAAAUGGCAGAGGAUACGGAGGAAUGUCCUCGUCCGAUACAUCAUCUACAUUGUCCCGGUUGCUAUCCUGCUGGCCAUCCCCAUCGUUCUGUGUGCGACCGUGUACAAGGACAAGAAGAUCAUCAGCAAGUUCAAAACCGAGUCGCAGACACCCAUCUUCUCUUCGAACAUCACCUCAAUCGAGCCUACUGCCGCCAACGGCACCACAACAUACAACAAUACUGCAUCUACAGUCUACCAACAGACCACAACCACCACCGACGAGGAUGGCAUCCAUCUGCUGGGCCUGUUCAUCUGGAUCGAAGUCGUCUGGGUCCUCCUGUGGAUUGCCAAACUCCUGGCUCAGGCUGUUCCCAUCAUUUUUCAGACUGUUGGUGGUGCAAUCCACACGGGCAUCCGCAGAUAUUGGCUCGUCCUCAAGGCGGUUGAGAUUCCCAUCUCGCUGUUCUUCUGGGCCAUCCUCUCCAUUGCUUCCUGGUCCUUGAUCUAUGUGUUUGACAAGCCCUUCCACGCCAAGCAUGCCGGCAACAUCAAGUGGCUGCACACCCUACAUAAUGUCCUGAAGGCCACCGUCGGCGUCACAGCGCUAUACCUGGUCGAGAGGAUGCUCAUCCAGAUGGUCAGCGUCAGCUACCACGGCAAGCAAUUCUACGACAACAUCAAGGAGCUCAAGACUCUGAGCCGCGCCAUCGAGACCAUGUACGAUGUGUCGCGACAGAGGUUCUGUGACAACCAUCAGCGCUUCCUCGAAGACGACCUCGAUAUCCACGAUACCAAGGGCUACCGAAAGGACCGACAUGGCCGGCUCCGGACCAAGGAUCAGUCGACCGCCGAGUUCAUGUCCAACCUGAGUAGCACCGCCGACAAGCUGACCGCGGUGGUCGGUUACUUGGUCAGCGAUAUUGCCGGGAAGCAAGUCCUUAUGCCGACUGCGUCAGGUCCCAUUGUCGAGGCAGCCCUCGAAAGGCCCGUCAGCGCUGAAGCCCUUGCCCGGCGGAUCUGGAACUCCUUCACCAACUUCGGCGAGACGAAGCUGGACCAGACCGCCAUCACCACCAUGCUGGGGGCUGGACGGGAGGCGCAAGCCGUGUAUAUCCACUCCAAAGUUGACGCCGACGAGAACGGCGACGUCACGCUGGAAGAGAUGGUCGAACUCGUCAAGAAGGUGGCCUCUGACCGCCAGACCAUCUGGGAAGGCGCCAACAACGUCAAAGACGCCAUCAAGGUGCUGGACCGCGUGCUCGGCGUCUUUGUCUUGAUCUUUGUCUUCCUCAUCUACGCCGCGUUCUUCUCCGACUACCUCGCCAACCACUACACGCAGAUCUGGUCCGCCUUCACCGGGUGCUCGUUCCUCUUCGCCAGCACGGCCGGCGAGCUGUUCGCCGCCUGCAUCACCGUCUUCAUCAAGCACCCCUACGAUGUGGGCGACCGGAUCAACGUCAACGACACGGAGAUGGACGUCGUCAAGAUCUCCCUCCUGUACUCGGUCUUCCGCGAGGUCAACUCCAAGCAGAUGGUCCAGAUCCCCAACAGCGUGAUCAACGGCGUGUGGAUCAAGAAUCUGACACGAUCCAAAGAACUCCGCGAGCAAAUCACCCUGAACGUCAAUGUCGGGACUUCGUUCGACGACAUCGAGACCCUGCGUGGCGAAAUGCUCACCUUCCUCGCCGAGAACAAGCGCGAUUUCAUGCCCGAGCUGGAAAUCCAGCUGUUCUCCAUCGCCGACCUGUCCAAGCUGGAGCUCCGCAUCGAGUUCCAGCACAAAGCCAAGUUCGCGUCCGACCACGUCCGCGCCCAGCAUCGCUCCAAGUUCAUCUGCGCGCUAUUGACGGCCGUGCGGAAGGUGCCCAUCGACGGUCCUGGCGGCUCGGGUCCCGGCUCCGGGUCGAUGGAGUCGCCGACCUAUAGCGUGACCAUUACGGACGACAUUGCCCAAGCCGCAAGGGCCAAGUUCGACGACGAGAAGGACAAGAAGAGGAUGCACCCCAAGAAGCAGCCGGCCGAGAGCGAGAUCGGCGUCGCGGUCGGAGGGCCCGUAGGUAGCACCGGUCUGCAAGUCAUGCCCAGCACGGCGAGGAGCCGAGUAGGUGGCGGUCCAGGAUCUGACGACUUUUCAAACAUUUCUUCGCAUCGGUGA